CUUGUGGAAGUGAAAGAUCAUAAAAUUAAUUACGUUUUGUGAUUUAUUCUUGGCCAUUAUCAAUACGUGAGGGCAAAUAUCGUCUUGGCGUUAAGAUAAGAAGUACUUGGUGCCUGUGAGUUGUUCCGUUUGAACGUGGAUCGAGAUUAUUGUGUUUUCGGGGAAAUAUCGAGGUGUGUGUUAGACCUGUGUGUGGAUUUGUGCAAUUUAUGUGUUGUUCAAGUUAGCAUGCCUGCUAAUCGUAAUGGGAAACGAUCGUCACAGUCUCACGCAACUUCAAGCGCUGAGAGGCGGGAACAUUUGUACAAGAUCCUGGUGAUCGGCGAGCUGGGCACGGGCAAGACGUCCAUCAUCAAGCGAUAUGUUCACCAGUUCUUCAGUCAGCACUACAGAGCGACCAUCGGGGUCGAUUUCGCGCUGAAAGUGUUAAACUGGGAUGCGAAUACGAUCAUACGCUUGCAGCUAUGGGAUAUUGCAGGCCAGGAGCGGUUUGGGAAUAUGACGCGCGUGUAUUAUAAGGAAGCGGUCGGCGCUUUCAUAGUGUUCGACGUAUCGCGGGUCGCCACAUUCGACGCGGUUGUCAAGUGGAAAAACGACCUUGACACGAAGGUGCAACUGCCCGAUGGAUCGCCGAUACCGUGCAUACUGCUGGCUAAUAAGUGCGACCAGCAAAAGGAGGGUAUUGUCAAUUCGCCGGCGAAAAUGGACGAGUAUUGCCGCGAGAAGGGCUUCGCUGGAUGGUUCGAAACGUCGGCGAAGGAGAACAUUAACAUUGAAGAGGCGGCUCGCUCAUUAGUUAAUAAGAUACUCCUAAACGACAAACUGCUGCAAAACAACGACAAAGACGGCGAGAGAUUCGCGCUCGACCACAAGAUUGCGAACGGCGAGAACACGCGGGACAGCGGCGGCAACAAGUCCUGCGCUUGCUGACCGCGCUGCGCCGCCCCAACCCUGCACUGAACGAACCUCGCUUUAAUAUGAACAAUUUUUUAUUGAGCCUCUAGUACAAUGGCGCGUUUGCUGCCUCCUCUCGAACAGAGUCUAUCCCGACAUAUCGAGAUCCAAUACAAACGAGCUCAGUUCCAUGGAACAUUGAAUUGAUAUUGAAAACUACGACUAAUUUAACUAAUUUCGAUCGAAUGUUUCUAUAAUACCACGUAGAACUCGAAUCGGUUGCAAAAGAAACAUGGAAGUUCGAGCUCGAAUCACAAUCGUAAUUGAAAAGGAAUCAGGAUCGAAUCAAUAUCGUUGGUAAUAUGGCUCCUGGUAUAGAACUCGCAAAGCGUCAUUGCACUAAACGCCGGAUAGAAUUUAUACCUUAUAUUAUAAUAACUUCGCAGAACUAUAUAAACAUUUUUAUUGUAUACUAAGUUUUGUUGUGGGACGAUGUUGAAUUAAAUAAGUUGUCUCCCAAGAUUGACGCUGAUCACCCCACCUGCAUUUGUAAAUGUGGAACGUGAAAUGUAAUUACAUGUUUUUUUCUCUUGCACAUUUAUAUUACCACUUGUGAACAAAUUUUGACUUGUUUAUAUAUAUUUCGUUUGUAUAUAAUGACGACUUGUACAAUAAAUGUGGCCUUAGAUUUGUACUGUUGAUAUAUACACGUAUCCUGGGGAUGUUUUAGUGAAAUGUAUUCGAAAUCUGAUUACGUUUAAUUGUUAUUAUAACUGUGUUUGAGAAGUGAUUAUUGUUUGAAUAAAAACUAUGAAUUAUUUAUCAAUUAUCCGUAUUAAUGUUUAGAUAUUUAUAAAAUGUUUCAAGUGCCUCUAUACAUCGAAUUUAAAUUGAAUAACGAUUUUUAAUGAACUAUACGAUUCUUGUGUCCAAUGUUUUGGAGAUUGUAUUUAUCUUGGAUAGGGAAAUGUAAUACGCGAUGUGAAGACGCCAGCUUUUUUAUUUUCUUGGACUAUUUUCAAAAACUCGUGCCAUGUUCGGCUAAAGUCAUAAUUAGUUAUGUUAUUAUUACAAUAGAGUAUAGAUUGAGUUAAUAUUGUAAUAAGUAUUACGUAUUGUACGUGAGCGUGUGGAUUUAUUACAGAAUAAAUUGUUUUAGAAAAAUGAA